GUACACUCUCACGAUUGUGCCUAACGUAGGCUACGCACAUCAACCUUUGAUCCAAACUUUCACCUCGUGUGGUCACGUUCAGCGUCGGCACUCUCGCGCUGCAACGCAUCCAUUCGACACCGACUUUCCUCGGGCUACUUUCACUCUACUCAGCACAUAGGGCCUUCACCCCGCAACACUUCGAAUGACCUCCGCGCGACCCCGGCGACCCAAAAACUACUUCACGCAUCCGCGCGCGCGCGCCCCUCAUUCACAACACGCACCUUUCAGACUGGACCGACGGACACGAGUGCUUACCGUGCCCACCUUAAAUUUUGCUCCCUAUGAGCUCCUCGAGUGCGCAGCCGGCUUCGGCCACGCGAUCAAAGAAAGGGGAUGCUCCAACUGAGCCAACAGAGACAAAGUCAAUUGUCUUUGAAUGGCCGCUGUUUGGGCUCAAGCAGAUGUUUGACGCGAGCAAAGCCGAGACCAAGUCCAAGGUGGUCAAGUCCGCGCCCUUCGGAGGAGGUCGAUGGACAGUUUUGUUCUAUGCUCAAAGCGGCUUGGAUCAAUGCUGUGCUGUCUACCUCAACGCAGAGCCUCUACCUCACGAGCGCGUUAGCCCUCUAGCAGCCAGUGCAUCAGCACCUUUGGCAGAGAGCAGCAUCAAUGGCACUAACUACAGAGAUGGAAGCAGUGCAUCGAGAAACAAGAACAAGAUCGCCCAUGAAACGGACGAAAAGUGGAUUCGUCAGGGCGUGUACAAGUUCACAUUCGAGAUGACCUCGUUGGACAGAUCAGUCAAGCUGGGGACCAAAGAGGCGCAUGAUCAUGCCUUCUCACACAAGACGAGUAAUUGGGGCUGGGCACAAUUUGCAAAGCGAGAUGCCGUAUACUAUACCUGCCCUGCGGUCAAGCAGACAGAUGGUGUCCUCAUUUCUGUGACGGUCACGGACAGUGCUCAGCGACCUUCAGCACGCGCACCAGAGAAGCAUCAUGUACCUCCCGUACUCAUCUCGGCGAUGGGAUCUCUGCUUGACGACCCAGAGCACAGCGACGUCGUCUUUCACUUACUUCAGCCUCCUUCACGAAAUGGCCACAACGUACCUCCCAAAAAGAUUUACGCGAUCAAGAAGGUGCUCGCGCUCCGUAGCGAGUACUUUCGCGACAUGUUCGAAAGUGGCUUCAUAGAGGGAGAGACGGCCGAAGUCUCGGAUGAAAGCGACGAGGAAAUGGAUCUGACGGUUGAGAUUUCCCAUGCUCCCAAAGUAGCGGUCACCACUGCCCCACCUCAGAGAGAUGCUAGUUCAGCCUUGCAGCAAGCGAGUGGCUCUCGUAGUGGUGCGCGUUCUUCGGCACGCGAGUACGACGCAGCAACAGCCAUUUCCUUGCAAGGGGACAACUCGAACGAAGGGGACGAGUCGUUCAAACGUGGUCCAGACGUGCUCCUCGAGGAUUCGGAUGAGGACAUGGAUGACGAAGAGGAUCCUUGGGGGUCUCGAGCAGACUCGCCUACUUCGAGCGCGGAUACCGCUGCAGCCGAGGACUCUCGCGCCGUCGGUAGCGAAGACGAAAACACGGACGAAGAGAAUGGCUUUGAGGAAGACGACAUCGUCAGCGUCGCCACUCGCGCCCCUCUACAGGCCUCUGAUGGCAGCGGCGUGGGACUCAACGCAUCUCAGGAUGCCGCGAAAGAUGCCGUGGACCAUUCGGACGACGUAGAGGAGCCCGAGUCAGGACACUUCGCAGACCUUGCCGCCUCCGAGCGUGGACGAGAGCAGCAUGACAGCGAAGCACAGAAUCCCGGACGCUCUCACGUGCCUAGUCGGACAUCUUCAGCGCGUGGUUCACCUCGGCCGUCACCACGCAAGGGCGUCACUCGUGAUAGAAAGGAGUCCGUCAACCCCGUCACGUCGCCCCGUUCGAAGCGCCGUGCUUGUGCAAAGGCGCCAGCUCCGAAUGGUCGCAAACGCCGCAAGGUGGUCGUCGGAGACUCGGCGUAUUCCACCUUUAAAGCGCUGCUGUUCUUUUUGUACACAGAUGCUGUUGAAUUUGCCCCUCUCACCUCCUCCUUCCUCGUUGCUGAGGUGUCAGACGACACGUCUACCGACGGCAACCUUGUCCGCCCCGCAAGCUCUCUGUUCUUGCAAGAGAUGAAUCGCGCUCAUCAGAGACGCCAAGCCGUGAUCGACACGUACUGCGCCGAGCACCCCGACAAGCCCGCUCCUUGCUCUGCCAAAGCGAUGUACAAGCUUGCUGACAAGCUCCAGCUUCCAGAGCUCAAGAAGCGCGCCGAAACUCACAUAGCCAAAAGCCUCACUACGCAGAACAUCGUGUGGGAAGCAUUUUCUGGUUUCAAUACUCGCUAUCCUGAUAUCAUGCACAUGGAAAUCGACUUCUUGCUGAAGCAUUGGAGCAGCGUCAAGAAGUCUACCGUCAUGAAGACCAUCUUUGCGCGCCACACCGCUCAUCCCGGUCUCGCUUUUGUCUGGCCAUUGGUCUUAGAGCACCUCAGCGUCAGCCACGAUGAAGAUGCGGAAGAUAAACAAAGCCCCGUCGCUUGAAGCGACGACGUUGCGCGUGACUUUUUGAGCACUCAUCGUCAGCCCGGCGCACCGAGCGCCCCCUUCUUCAUCCUCGUGCAUGCGGCGGGCUAGUCAGGCUCUCGUGUGUCUUCGAAUCGCACUGGCACAACUACCUGUAAAGCGGAGCUCGACUCUCGUGCUGAUUCCCCUGAAUCCCACAAGGGCAAUUACCCCACACGCACAAUACUGUACUCUUGACCCCGGCGUGCCGACCAGCCAAGCGCAUGACUCGGGCGCGGUAGCUAGCACACGACAUUUUUCUCUUUUCGUAACCACAAU